UGCAUGUCGUGGAUCACAGUGCGGAAAAGUUCAUCUUACGGAUGUAAGACAUUUUAUAUUUCUUUUAAUUUAAUAUUUUUAUUAUUAGAUGUCGAUUUGGGAGCCGGAUUAGAUUUCGGCCCAGGCAAUGUUUACGCGCAAUUCACGCAUCUACAGCAUGCACCAUUCGAAUAUCGAAUCAAUGUUAGGAACGAAACACCUUCAAUGAAGCAAGGAACGUGUCGCAUAUUUUUGGUUCCAAAAUACGAUGAGAGAGGCGAACCGCUGCGUUUCCGUGAACAAAGACUUUUUGCUAUCGAAAUGGAUAAAUUUUUGGUUAAUUUGAAUCCGGGUGAAAAUGAGAUUCGUCGACGUUCUGAAGAUUCGAGCGUUACAAUUCCGUACGAAAGGUCAUUUAGACGUAUUGGGAGUCUGUAUCAACCAGAGAGAGCAGAGGAUUUGGCACAAUUUCAAUUUUGUGGUUGCGGUUGGCCGCAACAUUUGCUCUUGCCUAAAGGCUCAGCAUCUGGUACCCGAUUUGAUAUUUUCGUAAUGAUUAGCGACUAUGAAUAUGAUCGAGUUGAUCAAACAUUAAGCAGUAAUGUUUCGUGUAAUGACGCUCUAUCGUUUUGUGGAAUGCGUGAUCAAAAAUAUCCUGAUUUACAACGAAUGGGAUAUCCGUUUGAUAAAAGUACGUCGUUGGCAAACAAUCAAGAAGUUCCCACCUUAAGAGAAUUUACGGAACAACUUUCAAAUGCAUCACUGGGUGAAUGUUUAAUCAAAUUUACAAACACCAUUAUCGAUCGUAAGAAUUGAACGAAUUAUUUUUUCUGCAAAAUGUCUAUCGAAUAUUAAACUGUUGACUCGGUUAUUCUUAUUAAGAAGAAAUGAGAACUUUCAAAAAUAAUAAAAUAGCUAUAGCUAUACAUCAUA